AUGGACGUCGAAUCGGACGGUUCCGAACGAUGGGAGGAUUUUUUCGGGAGUAGUACCGACAUCGGCCCAUCGGUUCUCGGAUAUUUGGAUUCGUUGGCCAACAACUUCAACGAAGAAGCGAAGCAGUUAGUUGAAUCAUCCCACAACAAACCGAUCAACCCGUGCCCGAUAGCGACCGUACAUCCGCUCGACCGGGUUGCUCACGUGAUCAAACUACAGCACGACUCAUCAUCAGCCAUCGAGCCAUCACCAAUCCGCCAUAGAUCGAAGGGCACAGUUCUACGACCCACCGUACCAGCACCAGCUCCACCGGUGAACCGGUCCAACCCAGUGCCAGAUCCAUCGCCCGAAAGGGCGAGAAAAAUAUCGGACAAAUUCUUCAACCCAGUGUCACCGUCCGUACAGCGCAUGGUGUCACACUCGGUGGACGAUUCCGACGAUCCCAGCGAUAGCAGUCCCUUAGGGCAACUGCCAGCUCGAGGUUUCCUUCGUAACGGCACGCAAUCGGCUUCCUUCAGUGCGCCCAGCCGCCGACCGGUGAAACAACCCACGGCAGCACUUUCUCCUGUGCUCGCGAACAACCAUCAUCAUCAUCAUCACCACCAUCACCAGAAGUUGCCGCUGUCGAAAAACAUCACCAAACUAACGUAUGUGAGCGACGAAGGAACCGAUCAUCCGGUGGCGGCUAGUCGCACGAUCAGGACGAUCAUGGCCGCAGGAUCACCACAGGGUAGUGCCAUGGACGCGAGUGUUGCAACUCCCGAUGACAACGGAAACUUUGCGUCCCCGGAAAAGCGAUCCUCUUCCAGCACGGAAGAGCUACAGGACGUGACGACGUUGCAGCGGAAGAUCCGCUUGUUGACGGUUGAGCUGGUUAAUGGUCCGGCGGUGGAUGAACCAUCGCCACUGAAUCCGGAACACGUGAACGGUGGCGAUGCUAGUGACGAGAGUAGCUUAACGUUGAGAAGGGAAACCACCGACGAGGGUGGAUCGAUGGAUGAUGCGUUUGUGGAAAACUGUGAGGAUCUACGAGAGCAUCGUAACACCGUCAUCGAAGCGUGCAAUUAUCAACUGAACUUUAGCCGAACCAGCAGCAGCAGCACCUACGGUUCCCGUCGUGAUGAUCCGGCUGGUCCGGAUGAUCGGCGGACUCCAUCGAAGCCAAACCGGGAUCAAGCUUCCAAACCAGGCAAGGAAGCUCUUGCGUCUGUGGCGACACCCAAGCUGUCGCUUUGUAUCGAUUCCGAAAACACGACGACGGUAACGCCAUCACCCAGUCUGGACACAACGCUAAGCGGCGGAUCACCGUACUCCAGCAAAGCAUCACUGCUGAUUCCACCCAAUACGCCAGUGCUUAGCUCGAGGGCCGUUUCCGCGUCGUCCAUUUGCUCGUACUCAUCCAGCACCAGCUCAUCCGGGUCGGAACAUCAUCUGCCUGGUGGGAAACGAAGCGCACCCGAAUCGUACCAGGCCAGCGUCGAGAGCCUCGCGGAUCAUAGCGAACCGGAGCACGUGAGCGUGCAGCGGUUGGAUAGUUUGUGUGAAAAAGUGGAAGGAACCGUCACGAGCAGCAUGACCAUGUGCGAGCGAGCCGUGCGGGAAAUCAUCGACUCCGAGAGCAGCUACGUGAAGGACCUCGGGCAGGUUAUCAGAGGCUACCUUGAGGAUUGGAAAGAACGGGCGUGCCUGAAGCAAGCCCAGCUGAAUGUGCUGUUUAGCAACAUCCAGGAGAUCUACGACUUUAACUUUAUCCUGUUGAAUCGGCUCCGUGGGGCCAAGGGUGAUCCGGUGGCCAUUUCCAACUGUUUUGUUGAUUUGCACGCCGAUUUUAGCUGCUACACCACGUAUUGCACAAGCUAUCCGGAAGCCAUGUCCCUGCUGACGACGCUACUACAAGCCACCCACACAAACUCCCUGCUCGUGUCCACCCAGAAGAUGCUGAAACACACGCUACCGUUGGAUUCGUACUUGCUGAAACCGGUGCAGCGGAUCCUGAAGUAUCAUCUCCUGCUCGACAAUCUACGCAAGCACUGCAGCGAUCCGCAAGUGGCGUUGGCGCACGAGCUGAUGAAGAAAGUCGCCCAUAACAUCGAUCAAGUGAAGACAAAGUUGGAUCAGGCGCGGCUUGUCAAGGAGCUGGCGGAGAUUCUGGACGGGUGGCUUGGGCCGGAUCUGUCCGUGCUGGGGGAUUUGCUGCAUGAAGGUCGGCUGACGGAACACGCGAAACCCCGCAUUGUGCUGCUGUUUCAGAGCAUGUUUGUGAUUGCGAAACCGAAGGAGGAUAAGAGGCUACAGUUCCGUUCGUACAUACCGUGCAAAAAUCUCAUGCUGGUGGAGCAUUUGCCGGGUGAACCGACCAGCUUCAACGUGAUUCCCUUCGACGAUCCUAAAGGGGUGCUCAAGCUGACGGCGCGCAACCGCGAAGAGAAGCGCCUGUGGACGCAGCAGAUCAAGCAGGUCAUGAUGCAGCAAUAUUCGCACAUGCCGGAGCGUGCGAAGGAGCUGGUUCUCCAGUUGGGCGAUGAGGAUGAACGCUUCACGGACAAACCGUACUGGAAGCGGCCGACGAACAGUUCCGCCGUUCCGGAGUACCUCGAGCGCCGGCAGCAGUUUCGUCGCAGUGAGAUGCGCAUGCGAUCGAAAAAGCACCAAACCAAAAAGGAUCAACCACCGGUGGCGGUACCAACCGGGCCAACGGUGUGCCAGCUUCACUCGCAUGAUGCCAAAAGUGGCCGCCCCAUUCCCCGGGGCGCACAACACGAUCACGUGGCACCCUUCGAGGAUUGCAAGUGCGAAGAGGUAAAACGGCAGCUACAGGAUGAAAUGAAACACCGCACGAAAGCGUCGUCCCCACCGGGCAAAACCGCACGCAGCCGGUCAGAAUCGCGCUGUGGACCAGCGAACGAUGAGGAAGAUCGCUUGCUUAAGUCGCUGUACGAACGGCGGAAGCUGUCGGCACCGUCGAAGCGUGCCUCGAAGGUGAAGGAAAGCUUUGCCGGUAUCAAGGCGUACAACAGCACCAUGAUUCCGAAGCGCAUCAGUGAGAUGCGAAAGCGCCAGCCAAAGACGCCCACCAGCUGUUCGACUUUUUACACCGAUCUUGAGGUGGAGGAUGCCGUGGCCACGGUGAGCCCGGAGACUCCCGAAGCCGCUGAAGUCGUCGAAGCGGUGGUGCGUGAUGAAAAGGUGGCGUCUGUGGGCGCGGAACAUGAGUCAGUACAAAAGGAGGAAGACCUGGAGCAAGUACCGGCGGCGGCGUCAGGUGGCAAUGCGAGUGGGGGCCAGCUAAAGGACUCCGAAAUCAUCUCCAAGCUCAUCCUAGACGUGAAACAAUUCAACAAGGUUCUCAACAAACCGGUGGCGAGAAAGAAAUCAAUCGAACCAUCCGCUUGUGGCCACCGAUCGUCGUCGGCGGGAAGUGUGCUCCAGGCGAGUGCGGAACAGAAACCAGCACUUCCGAGUACGGAACCACCGGAUGAGGAAGAACCACGGUACGAUGUGCUGCACCCGCCCGAUCGCGACCAAACGGAACCAAUCUACGAAUCGUUGCUGCGUAACGUGCACGUACCGUACAAAUACGCGCCACCAUCAGUCGCGAGGCAUUCACUGCCAUGUGGUGAUGGCAGUGGAACUGGUCGUAGUUCCAGCUUCAGCCAACAUCCGGCAGCCGGUGAGGAUGUUCCGGUGACGCCACCGCGAAGGUUAUUGCGUCCCGAAUCCGAUUACGUGACGUUGGCGUACUCGGAGCUUGGAUUGCUGGAAGGAAUCGAAUCCGGACCGGAGCGAUCGUUGUUGGGGAAACCGGCUCGGGAUCAGCAUAGGACACCCCGGAUGCUGCGUAACAGCGAUACGAAUAUAAACUACCACCGGGAUACGGCACCACCGGCGGGACAUGGGGAAGAAUUCGAAUCCGGUGAAGAAGCCCUCGGUCGUGUGGCCGCGGUGGAUACGGCCAGUGGUGGUGGUGGUGGUGUGGGAGCGAUUGGUGAACCGAUCGCGUCCACCUUUAAGCAGUCAUUUCUGGAACGACAAGGCAGUCUCAGUAUCAAAACGACGGCGCAAAAGAGCCUCCUGCAACGGUUCAUCUCCGUACACGCGAACUCGGGAGCCAUGACACCGCGGACGGUUGGCAGUGAGGGAAACCUGCUGCAUCCGGUGCAACGGAAGCUAUCGGAACCGAACGGUGGACCGGUGGCCUCAAAUGGGUACAUCAUCUACAAACAAGGCAGCAUGGAUUUGGGUUCCCGGAUUGCGCACAUUGACUACGCCGACCCGAAGAGUCUGUUUUUCCAGUCGGCGGUGGUGCGUUCGGUCACCACGUCCACAUCCUCGUCGGUGAUGUCGGUGGCGGUGGGUCCGGGUGAGGAGAAAAGGACACUCUCGGGUCAGGCCGAACGCCACAGUGCCAGUCUCCAGCGGGAUUCGGUACUGGCGACGAGUUCUUCCGGUGAAAGCUUCUGUGAAGAUGCGGCUGAAACGGGUGUAUCUGCGCCGGAAGGAUGUCCUGAGGAUGAUGAUAAUGCCGUGGCCAUCAACGGCGUCGAUGACGAUGAUGAUGAUAAUUGCUGCUUUUACGAGCGUGACGUCGAGCAGUGUCUUGAGCAUGAUUUUCGUGAUUCGGCGGUUUACAGCGGGGACGAUAACGAUCGUCAGCGGAAUGCGAGUGAUGGUCCCGUCCCGGUGAGUGUCCCUCAGGAGGGACAACAACGUGGCAGCAACCUAGGGCCACCGCCUCCGAUACCCGUGAAACCCGCGCACCUUGCAGGUGGAAAACGUCCCGAGAGUGUCACCGCCGUCGUCAUUCCCGAACCAUCGAUUCCACCGGCCACCAACAGCCGGGGAUGGGUUUUGCAGCAAGUCCGGCGGUUCCAGUGACGUCAGAUGUUAACAAACUGCCGCGAUUGAAGCUUAAAAAAGGGGUGGACAACACAUGGGGGGGACGCUCGCUCUGUAUUUGAUUUCAAGCGCCACCGCGCGUCCUCGGAUGAUGCCAAAGAAAUACAAUUUCGAUCAAUUUAAUUGAUGCAACUCGCGUGUUGGCGCACGGGCACGCGUGCGUGAAGGGCUUUGCUUAGUAGGGCUUAGAAGGAGGCGCGUUAGGAGUGCAUUUUAGAAGCGCGAUGAUUGAGGAAUCAACCACACAGCGCGCAAUAAUUAGCGAAAUAUGACGCGCGCGUGCGUGCCAUACAGCAACAAAUACUGUGCUGUCUGUGUACAGGCGCUUUCGCGU